AUGUCUACUCCAUUCCCAAAAACCGCUGAUAAGGUCAAAGGUGUCCAAAUCUUGGGCCCAAUUCCAGAUGAUGCCAAACACAUUUUCAACCAAGAAACUUUAGCCUUUGUUGCCACUUUACACCGUGGUUUUGAAGCUAGAAGACAAGAAUUGUUGAACAACAGAAAAGAACAACAAAAAUUGAGAGACCAAGGUUUCUUACCAGAUUUCUUGCCAGAAACUGAAUACAUCAGAAAUGACCCAACAUGGACUGGUCCAGCUUUGGCUCCAGGUUUAAUUGACAGAAGAUGUGAAAUUACUGGUCCAACUGAUAGAAAGAUGGUUAUCAAUGCUUUAAACUCCAAUGUUGCUACUUAUAUGGCUGAUUUUGAAGAUUCUUUGACUCCAGCUUGGAAAAACUUGGUUGAAGGUCAAGUCAAUCUUUACGAUGCUGUUAGAAGAAACUUAACUGCCAACAUUAACGGUAAACAAUACGCCUUGAACUUGGACAAAGGCAGACACAUUCCAACUUUGAUUGUCAGACCAAGAGGUUGGCAUUUAACUGAAAAGCACGUUUUAGUUGAUGGUACUCCAGUUUCUGGUGGUAUUUUCGAUUUUGCUGUCUACUUUUACAACAGUGCUAAAGAAGCUAUUGCUCAAGGUUUUGGUCCAUACUUUUACUUGCCAAAGAUGGAACACCACUUGGAAGCUAAAUUGUGGAACGACAUUUUCAACUACUCCCAAGACUACAUUGGUUUGAAGAGAGGUACUAUCAGAGCUUCUGUUUUAAUUGAAACCAUCCCAGCUGUCUUCCAAAUGGAUGAAAUUAUUUACCAAUUGAGAGAACACAGUGCUGGUUUGAACUGUGGUAGAUGGGAUUACAUCUUUUCUUACAUCAAAUGUUUGAGAAACCAUCCAGAUUUCAUUUUGCCAGACAGAUCCCAAGUUACCAUGGCUGCUCCAUUCAUGUCUUCAUACGUUAAAUUGUUGGUUCACACCACUCACAAGAGAAAAGUCCAUGCCCUUGGUGGUAUGGCUGCUCAAAUUCCAAUCAAGGAUGAUGAAGCCAGAAACAGAGCUGCUUUGGAAAAUGUUACUAAAGAUAAAUUGAGAGAAGUUACCCUUGGUUGUGACUCUUGUUGGGUUGCUCACCCAGCUUUGGUUCCAGUUGUUUUGAAGGUUUUCAACGAACACAUGAAAGGACCAAAUCAAAUUUCCUUACCACCAAAGGAACCAUUCAAACCAAUCACACAAAGAGAUUUGUUGAGUCCAUUUGUUCCAGGUGCUAAGAUUACCGAACAAGGUAUCAGAGCUAACAUUGUCAUUGGUAUUUCUUAUAUUGAAGCUUGGUUGAGAAAUGUAGGUUGUGUUCCAAUCAACUACUUGAUGGAAGAUGCUGCUACUGCUGAAGUUUCUAGAACCCAAAUCUGGCAAUGGGUUACCCACGGUGCCAAGACUGACACCGGUAAAGUCAUCACCAAAGACUAUGUUAAACAAUUGUUGGAUGAAGAAUACGAUAAAUUGGUCAAGAAUGCUAAACCAGGUAACAAGUUCAAGAGAGCCUUUGAAUACUUUGCUCCAGAAGCUCUUGGUGAAAAAUACUCUGAUUUCGUUACCACUUUGAUUUACGAUGAUGUCACCACCAUUGGUAGAGCCUUACCAGGUGAAAGAUUAUAA